UCUUGCAUGUUGCUGCUCAUCAGCGUCGUCUUCGUUUGCUGCUUUCUGCCCUUCGUCGGUCUGGAGUUCUUCAAGGCGGCCGCGCCUGGUGUCUAUGAGUCCAUGGACGAUGUGUCCACAUCGCUGUACCAGCUGUUCUGGAGAUCGUAUUUGCUCAACAGCGCGGCCAACCCAGUAAUUUAUUUGAUGUGCGAUUUAAGAUUUAGAAAAGAAUGUUUACACAUUUUUAGCUGCCAAAAUAGUUCCUGA